AUGGAAACCUUCCACGCUACCGGCGAGGGCUGGGAGAAACGGCCCCAGAAGCAGAGAAUCCUGAACAAUUGCUUUAGAUCAAAAUGCUCCUUGGUCAUCGUCGCCAUAGCCGCACUGGCUCUCGCCAUAUUUGUCGCCGUAUUCCUGCUCCGCGAUGAACUCCGUCCUUUCAUCGGUGGACACCGACUCGAGUCCCCGCAAGCCUACCUCCUCGACCCGAACUGGGACUUUACUGCUACAUCCACGAGACGAGACUACACCUGGGUUAUUGAGGACGUGGAGCGGAACCCUGAUGGAGUGUAUAGGCCUAUGAUGGUUAUAAACGGACAGUUUCCAGGACCAUUGAUAGAAGCCAAUGAAGGAGAUACUAUUGUUGUACAAAUUAUCAACAAAGCUACCAAUGCUACGUCAAUACACUGGCAUGGAUUGUACCAAAAUGGCAGCAACUGGAUGGACGGCACUGUGGGUAUCACUCAAUGUCCCAUCGCCCCUGGAGCGAACUUCACAUACGAGUUUCGAGUAAACGGACAAUCCGGCACUUAUUGGUAUCAUGGACACCACAGCGUCCAAUCGUCAGAUGGUCUCGUUGGUCCGCUGAUCAUACACUCCAAGGACGAAAAGGCGUUACAAAAUAUCGAGUAUGAGAGUGAUCGAGUGGUCAUGGUGCAGGACCAUUACUACGACCUUUCUGGUGCCCUGAUUAUGGACUACCUGAAGCCAGAUCGCGAGAACGCCGAGCCUGUGCCCGCUGGCGCUCUAAUCAACGGGCAGAAUAUCCGGAACUGCGCCGAUCUGCCCAACCGCAAGUGCGACAACUCGACCGCUCGCCUUGCAGAAUUCAAUUUAGAGCCGGGCAAGAAUCAUCGGCUGCGCUUCAUCAAUGUCGGAGCGUUGGCGACUUUCCAAGUCCAACUAGACGAACACGAAUUCGCUAUAACGGAGGUUGACGGGACGGACGUAUUACCUCAAUACUACCACCGGCUCAAGAUUCAACCCGCCCAAAGAUACAGCAUCGUUGUAAAUACAAAUGUGACCACUGGAGAGGCGUAUUGGCUGCGAGCGCGUAUGGUCACCCAUUGUUUUGCCAAAGAGAACAUCGAGAUGGCGGCUGAAGUUUGGGGAAUUGUGAGAUAUACCUCGUCCAGCCCUCUUCUCGUCAACGUUCGUCCUUCAAGUCGCGACUGGCCCGAAACCAUCGAGCUUGACUGCAGCGACAUGGACACCUCAGGACUCCGCCCAGCAAUAGCUAUUCCAGCCCCUACAAUGGCUGAUGAUGUUUUGUAUCUGAGAGUUAACUUCGAGAUUGGUGCUUGGAAGCUGUCUCGAGGCUUUUUCAACGCAAGCUCCUGGCGGGCUCCCGUGUCCUCACCCACGCUCAAUCGCCUUCUCGACGGCUAUACCACCUCCAACGAGUCUUUCACAUCUUCUCUGUCUAGUCUGUUUGGCUACAAUUCGGCCGCAUUCGCUACACCACGCGAACUUGUCUACCAGACGACAGGCAUUCGUACUAUCGACAUCCUAAUGCAGAAUUUCAACGAAGGUAGCCACCCCAUGCAUCUUCAUGGCUACAAGUUUUGGGUCCUGGCACAGGGACAUGGCUACCCUCCAAAGGAUCUCUUCAGUACCCUGGAUCUUACCAAUCCACUUCGGCGUGAUACGGUUGCCAUAGAGGCGUUUGGGUGGACCCUCCUGCGCUUCACCGCUGACAAUGCAGGCAUAUGGGCAUUUCAUUGCCAUCUUUCGUGGCAUGCGGAAGCGGGGCUACUGAUGCAGUUCUUGACUAAGGCGGACGAGGUUGCGAAGUGGUCGCUACCGACUGAGAAUCUGGGGUUGUGUGAAUUGGAGGGCCAUGAGAGAGGGAAGGGCCCUGAUGAUGAAAUAUGGUACGGACAUCCAUCGUAA